ACUACACACACUACUAAUAAACAAACCAAACACGCAAGAGCGGCAAACUGUUAUUGUAUUUAUUAUAAAUACAACUUACUCAUAAUAUAUACUAUCAGAUUGUGUUUUGUUGCAAAGAAAUCAUUGAUAUUUAUUGCUUUCUUUCUCUAUAGCUUCAUUGUUACUGAUUUAGGUCUGGUGUCCGUUUAAUGUCUAUUUUAAUAAGGCAUUAUGGAUAUAACCUCAAACAAAAGUUCAUAAUACAUUCUCCUUCAUUGUUGAUUUUCCGAAGAAAAAGCGAAAAAAUGAAAUAUUUAAAUGUUGCCGAAAAAAAUGAUGCGGCUAAAAACAUUGCUCUCCAUCUAUCGAGAGGCACUUCCAGAAGAAGGGAGGGAUUAUCUCAGUAUAACAAAAUUUAUGAAUUUGAGGCAGAUGUCAUGGGACAGAAGAGUCAAAUGGUGAUGACAUCAGUGUCUGGUCACCUCCUCGCAUUGGAGUUUGUUGGUGCUUAUAAAGGCUGGCAGUCGUGUAGUCCUUUGUCACUAUUUGAUGCUCCAGUAUUUAAAUAUUGCCCAGACAACUAUGAAAAAAUAAAGAAAACUUUGGAAAGAGAAGUGAAGAGCUGUCAAGGUUUGAUAAUUUGGACGGAUUGUGACAGAGAAGGAGAAAACAUUGGAUUUGAAAUAAUACAAGUUUGUACUGCAGUGAAGAAUAAUCUGAGAGUGUACCGUGCCAAAUUCUCUGAGAUUACAGCCGUGUCUGUGAGAAGGGCCUUACAAAACCUUGAGGAGCCUAAUAAGAACAUUAGUGAUGCUGUUGAUGUGAGACAAGAAUUGGAUCUAAGGAUAGGUGCAGCAUUUACCAGAUUUCAGACAUUGAGACUACAGAAGGUGUUUCCCAGCAAACUGGCUGAAAGUCUUGUGAGCUAUGGCUCAUGUCAGUUUCCCACCCUGGGCUUUGUUGUGGAGAGAUACAGAGCUGUUGAAAAUUUUGUGGCAGAACCAUUUUGGAAGAUCAAAGUAAAUCACACCCAGAACGGCCUGAGUGUAGACUUUUCAUGGGAGCGGCAAAGACUGUUUGACCAGGAGGCGUGUCAGGUGUUACACGAUAUUUGUAUAGAGACCUCACAGGCCAGAGUUUGCGAGGUCAAAACCAAACCCAAGUCUAAAUGGCGACCUUUGCCAUUAGAUACAGUGGAACUUGAAAAGUUAGCGUCACGAAAACUCAAAAUCAACGCAAAAGAGACAAUGCGAAUUGCUGAAAAACUGUACACACAGGGUUUCAUAAGUUACCCACGUACGGAGACCAACGAGUUCCCGAAAGAGAUGAAUUUAGGACAGUUAGUGGGGCUUCAGACCGACGACCCAAACUGGGGGACCUUUGCACAGGGUAUUUUGGAUAGCGGAGGGCCCACGCCGAGGCAGGGAAACAAGAGUGACAAAGCUCACCCUCCGAUACAUCCCACCAAGUAUACUAAUAGUCUAUCCGGCAACGAGCAGCGUGUAUACGAGUUCAUAGUGCGUUCGUUUCUGGCCUGCUGCUCCAAAGACGCUCAGGGGCAGGAGACCACGGCGGCCAUAGAUAUCUCCGGUGAGAAGUUCAGCGCCAGCGGCCUCAUGAUCACCGAGAGGAACUACCUCGAUGUCUACCCCUAUGACAAGUGGUCGUCCAAGGAAAUACAUGUUUAUCAGACAGGUCAGACAUUCAGACCAACCAGCAUCGACAUGGUGGACGGAAGUACAUCCCCUCCCAAUCUUCUUACAGAAGCUGAUCUUAUUGGUCUGAUGGAAAAGCAUGGAAUAGGCACGGACGCAACGCACGCGGAACACAUAGAGACGAUCAAAAGCCGUUCGUACGUGGCGCUCGCCGACGCGAUACACUUCGUACCAGGGCUCUUGGGUAUGGGGCUCGUGGAGGGCUACGACUCCAUGGGGCUCAACAUAUCCAAGCCCCAUCUCCGGGCCCAGCUGGAGGCCGACUUGAAGUCUAUCUGCGAAGGCAGGAGUCAGCCGCAGAGGGUUUUAGCGGAACAGAUAGCGAAAUAUAAAGAAGUGUAUCUUACAGUGACGGCCGAGGCCGACAAGAUCGACGCGGCGCUGAGCGCGCGCCUGCGCGAGCGCCCGCUCGCCGCGCCCGCCGCCGCCGCGCGCGCGCUCGUGCCGGUGUUGAAAUGUCCGAAGUGCGGGUCCGACAUGGUGGUGAGACAGAAGAGGAGCAACUUGGAGGAGUUCUAUAUCGGCUGCCUGUCGUUCCCCAACUGCAAGAACGCAGUGUGGCUGCCCGGCCUCGUCCGCAGCGUGGCGGCGCUGCCAGACUCCUGUUCCGUGUGCGGUCCGGAUUAUAAACUGGUUAAAUUCGAAUGGAAGAACAAUUCCAUAAGUCAUCUAUACCCUCCGCCGUAUAUUGCGUGCAUUGGAGGAUGUGACGCGACGUUUUUAGAAUACCUCAACAUAAACCCAGCCAGUGUCAAAAAACCUCAACCACAAACUAAUUUAAACUCAACAAACGAUCAGUCUACACUGACGGUGCCGAUUAGGCCAAAUGUAAAUCAGCCAAGGCAAUUUGCUCCUCCGCCACCUGCAAAUAGGAACCAAAAUACUACAGCUGGAAGGCAGAACGAAAACAGGUCUAAUAUCAAUCAACCGAGACAGCCGCCAAUCUCGGGAAACAGAGGUCAAAAUACCAGAAUUCCAUUACCUAGAGGUGGUAACGACCCUGAUGAUAACAAUGUUAUAUGUGGAUGCAAUCAACCAGCUAUUUUGCUUACUGUUCAGAAACAAAACCAUAAUUUCGGCAAAAAGUUCUACAAAUGUGCCAAGAGGGAAGGAGGUUGCGAUUUUUUUUUAUGGGCGCCAGAAUCUGUUGCUAAUGACACCCCUCCGCCUUCCAACUCGUGGGGCAAUGAACAGGCGCCCUCUAGCGCCGGAAACACUAGCAGAGGAUGGGGGCUCACUCCUAGCUCUUCUAGAGACAGCUAUCCAACUAAUGAUGACGAUGUGAUUUGUAAUUGCAAUGUUCCUGCCAAAAAGUUAACAGUUCAUAAAGAAGGCGUAAACAAAGGGCGCACUUUUUAUUCAUGCCCCAAGGAUUAUACUUCACGGUGCAAUUUCUUCCAAUGGGGAGAUGAAGGAGCCACUGCACAGACUGAUUGGGGAGCUGGCGGCAGCGCUACUACCCGAGGCCGCGGCGGACCGCGGGCCAGCGCACCCCGCCGGUGUUCUCAUUGCAAACAAGAAGGACAUAGAAGAAAUAGGUGUCCUAGCUUACAGUAGAAAUUAUUAAAAUGCUAUAAAAUACUUUACAUUUCAUGUAUUUACUAUUUCACUUAUAAAAUCACAGUGGCUUAAAGUGAACUCUAGUUGAUUCCAAGUGUGGAAUCGAAAAGAGACGUGGUACUACUUGUAUAUUUAGUUUGUAAGCAUAGUUUUUAUAUUACAUACAAUUUUGUUUGGA